AUGGAGAGUGCCGCAAGAGAUGAGCUUGUUUGCAACCACACAGACGCCUGGGAUUGGGUUUACACCAUGCAGCCGGCCUAUAUGUCCAUCAUCUGUCUUCUUGGAGUGAUCGGCAACGCCUUUGUGCUGGUUGUGUUCUGUCUCCAGAAGCGGCGCAGCUCUGUGGCUGACAUCUACCUGAGCAACCUAGCAGCAGCUGAUCUCCUCAUGGUUUCCUGCCUGCCGUUCUGGGUAGCAACCAUUAUCAAUAAGUUCCACUGGAGGUUUGGGGAGCCCAUGUGCCAGCUUAUCAACAUUGUCAUUGGGAUGAAUUAUUAUUGCAGUGUGCUGUUCCUUACACUUGUGAGCGUGGAUAGAUACGUGGCCCUCACUAGACCUCUAACCCAGGAGAGGGAGAGACGGUCCUUUUGGGCACGUGGGAUUUGCUUCAGUAUCUGGAUUGCUGGGGUCUUGCUCAGCUUCCCGGCCAUCCUCUUCCGCUCUGUCCAGUUCUACCCCCCUCUGGGCAUUGAUGCAUGCUACUUAGUGUAUCCCCAUGAAGGCUGGAGACUGCGCUUCAACAUGACUGUCAGCAUAGUAGGCUUCCUUAUCCCUGUUCCUAUUGUAUCCUUCUGUAGUUACCAUAUCACUAAAGUCCUUCGGACCAGCCAGAACAUGAGAAAAGGCAGCAGAGGCAGUGUGGAAAGGAAGGCGGCAUGCCUUGUACUCAUUGUUCUGGCUGUAUUCAUUCUCUGCUGGCUGCCCUACCAGAUCCUGAUCUUGUUGGACACCUUGGAUUAUUAUGAAGUCAUCUCUGGAUGUACAUGGGCAUACGUGUUGGACAUUGGCAACCAGUUAGCUACUUACCUUGGCUAUAGUAACAGCGCAUUGAAUCCUUUCCUGUAUGUGAUUGUGGGGAAGCACUUCAAGCAGAGGGCGAGGGAAGUGUUUAGACAUUUGCUGUGCAGGAGGAAAUGGCAAUGGGGAAAGUCUGGUCAUUCCAAUGUUAAUCUCAACUCAACUAAACAAACAGAGAGUACUCAAAUCUAA